GCCGCGCUCUCGCGAGGUUUCCGCCGCCCCCUCCUCGCUCCACGUCAGAAGGAACCGGGCGGAGCGGCCAACAUGGCGGAACGCAGGCGGCACAAGAAGCGGAUCCAGGAAGUUGGUGAACCAUCUAAAGAAGAGAAAGCUGUAGCCAAGUAUCUUCGAUUCAACUGUCCAACAAAAUCCACGAAUAUGAUGGGUCACCGGGUUGAUUAUUUUAUUGCUUCAAAAGCAGUGGAUUGCCUUUUGGAUUCAAAGUGGGCAAAAGCCAAGAAAGGAGAGGAAGCUUUAUUUACAACCAGGGAGUCUGUGGUUGACUACUGCAACAGGCUUUUAAAGAAACAGUUUUUUCACCGAGCACUUAAAGUAAUGAAAAUGAAGUAUGAUAAAGAUAUAAAGAAAGAAAAGGAUAAAGGAAAAACUGAAAGUGGAAAAGAAGAGGAUAAAAAAAGCAAGAAAGAAAAUACAAAGGAAGAAAAGACAAAAAAGGAAAAAGAGAAAAAAAAAGAUGGUGAAAAGGAAGACUCCAAAAAGGAAGAAACUCCGGGAACUCCCAAAAAGAAGGAAACUAAGAAAAAAUUCAAACUUGAACCACAUGAUGACCAAGUUUUUCUGGAUGGCAAUGAGGUUUAUGUGUGGAUCUAUGACCCAGUUCACAUUAAAACAUUUGUCAUGGGAUUAAUUCUUGUGAUUGCAGUAAUAGCAGCCACCCUCUUCCCACUUUGGCCGACAGAAAUGAGAGUAGGUGUUUAUUACCUCAGUGUGGGCGCCGGGUGCUUUGUGGCCAGCAUUCUUCUCCUUGCUGUUGCUCGUUGCAUUCUGUUUCUCAUCAUUUGGCUUAUAACUGGAGGAAGGCACCACUUUUGGUUCUUGCCUAAUCUGACUGCUGACGUGGGCUUCAUUGACUCCUUCAGGCCUCUGUACACACAUGAAUACAAAGGACCAAAAGCAGAAUUAAAGAAAGAUGAAAAAUCUGAAACCAAAAAGCAGCAGAAGUCUGACAGUGAGGAAAAGUCAGACAGUGAGAAAAAGGAAGACGAGGAAGGAAAAGUAGGUGCAGGAAAUCAUGGAACGGAAGGCUCAGGUGGAGAACGGCAUUCAGACACAGACAGUGACAGGAGGGAAGAUGACAGAUCCCAGCACAGUAGUGGAAAUGGGAAUGAUUUUGAAAUGAUCACAAAAGAGGAACUGGAACAGCAAACAGAUGGGGAUUGUGAAGAGGAAGAGGAUGAAGACGAUGGAAAAACACCUAAAUCUUCACACGAAAAAUCAUAAUCUGACUAAUUUGGGGACUGAAUAAGUGCAAGAGGUUGGAUUUUCUAUGUUGGCAGAUCAUCAUAAUGUACAUGUGGCAUUUGUAGCAUUCUUUAAGUCCAUUUACUGAAAGUAUUUGACAGCCAAGAAGUUCUAUUCAGUCCUUCAUUUUAUAGAAUAUUGGUACUAUUAUUGGUACAGUCUAAAGCCAUUAAUAAGUUUUAUGCAUUUGAUAAUUUUACAGUAAGUAGGUCUCAUUUUGAUAGUUAUCAAAGAUGCAUUUUCCACAUGACCUUUAGAUUAAGGGCAUUUUUGAUAGUUAUAUGGCUUUUUACUGUUAGAUUAAUCAAAAUAAAAGGAAUAAACUCCCAACAUUUCAGAUUAUUUAUAGUUUAUGUAGCCAUUUCCUAGUUUCUUUAGGUUAAAAUACUUAAACUCAUUGUUCUUGAUAGUUAUACUUUUGUUUUUCAUUAUAAAAUUCUACCAGGAAAUUUCUUAAAAGACUGAGUUAGCAGUGUUCAAACUUUGGUGGGAAAAGGCCAACUAGUAACAGUGCACGAACAUUUUUGAUUUAGCUACAAAUUCUCCUUUCCAACUUAGGAAAUCCAAACUGAGUUGUACACUUGAUUCAGAGAAAGAUGGUCAUCUCCAGCAGGAACGUGAAGAGCUCUGGUUGGAAGGUGGUGGCUCUUCUUCCCCAUCCCCUUGUCAUAACAUAAAGCGUAUUCUGUACAUAAUUUACAAAUAAAACUUUAUUUUAAUUGUUACUUAUUAUUUAGACAUUUCUCAAUACUUAAAUUUGUAAAAUUAAGAUCAUGUAAGGUUAUGUUUUUAGAGAAAUGGAAGUUUGGAUAACCCAUGGGACAUCUGUAAUCUUUCUACAGCAACUUCAGUUUGUGCCAACAUUCCAUAUAUUUGAAUAUAAGUAAAAAUUGAUCCUUACCAACAUAAGAGCAGACUUAAAAGCAGAUGUUUGUACGCCUUAAUGUUCAUUUCAAUUUAUUUUAAAUCUUUGCAUUCAGAAAUGAGGUACUGUAUUUUCAGACCAAGAGGCACUGCUGCGAAAGGUAAUUUACUGUUCUAAAAUAUCAAUUUAAAAUAAAGGCUAUAAAAGAAAACAUAGAGAACCAUUGGACUGUAAUUGCUUCAAACUGGUUUUGCAGUUUGAUUUUUGUCUUGCAAGCUAUAGUUAAAAAUCUUAGAAAAAUCUUGUUUACUUACAAGCAUAAUCAUUCCUUGGAGUUAAACUCUACAAACUGAUAGUGAAAAUAUUAAAUGACUUUCUUUGAGUCACAGCGUGUUUUGCUUUGUUGUUGAAAUAGGUGGAGUUUUUUUUCUUUGGGCUGUUUACCAUCUAGGUGUUUGACUAAAAGUGUUACAUUCUCUAAUUGUGAAAAAAAUACAUGGACAUAUCUUAUUAAACAUG